GCGUCAAUCCUUAAAUUUCGCUAAUUUUUAUAUUUUUUAAAAAUGCUUAAAAAUAUUAUUAAAAUAAAUCUCUUCAAAUAUAAACUUUAUUCAACUGUUACUAAAACUAGUUUGAGUGAACCCCUAAAUAUUUCUACCUCAGAUAAUGUAAAUGAUUUAAUUCCUAUCCCUGCUUCAGAUAACGAGUCAAAACAAUAUUCAUUAAAAAUUAUAGAUUUGGUUAAAGAAAUAUCUAGCUUAAAUCUUUUAGAAGUUGCAGAUUUGAAUGCCUUAUUAAAAAAAACUUUAAAUAUACAAGAUAUUGCAAGUUCAUUCAAUCCUUUGUCUAUAGCUGCAAUGAAUGCACAAAAUAUGCAAUCAAACUCUAAUGACAAAGAAGCACAAAGCUCAACUAAAACAGCUUUUACAGUUAAAAUGACAAAAUAUGAUGAAACUAAAAAAGUUGGUAUAAUUAAAGAAAUCAAAAAUUUGAUGACUGGUAUGAAUCUGGUUCAAGCCAAGAAAUAUGUUGAAUCCCUGCCUCAAACUGUCAAAAGUGAUUUGGGAAAAGAUGAAGCUGAAAAAUUGAAAGAACAAUUAACUGCUUUAGGAGCUACUAUAGUUAUUGAAUGAGUUUUUAAUUUAUAUAUAUAUAUUUUUAUAUCUGAAUAGCAUUUUUUUACAAAAUAUUAGUUUAUGAAUAAAAUAAACCCUCCCAUAUAUAUUUUGAAAUGCAUUAGAAUGGAUAUACUGUUCUUUUUUUUAAAACUCAAGGUUCAAUUUAAAGUUGUAUUUUAUGAACAUGUUUUAAAAUAUUAAAUAGUUAAAAAUCAGAGGCACAUCAAUACCACUUAUUUGGCUUUUACUUCUGUCAAAAAUUUUUAUUGUUAUACAUAAACAAAUCUAAAUGGUCUGAUUCAC